AUCUUGCUUUUUGUUCUUGCACCAUCCAUCCUCCUAUUUCGAAACCAGCUGACACAACACAUUACUUAUCACCAUUAGCUAGCUGUCUCACCCAGAAGCGCCCGCUUUCCUUGAUUUCACAGAAUGAGACCUCGCCGUAGCAUAGAAACAUCGCUUCCUUCCGCAGCCGAGGGGGUCCCUCGUGACUCCUCAUUAGCAGACUCCACAGACGCGCUCCUGCCUCCGGUUUCCCCGCACGCCAACUCUCGCUGCAUUGCUUGCGGAUGGCUCACUGCCGCUGCGUCAAAGAUCCACCGAUUCGUAAAAAAACGUGCAUUGAGUCCCUUCGUUCGAGCCAGAUCCUCCUCGGGUUCCGACCCAGUAGUACCGACUCCAGAUAGUAUCGGGAGGGCUGGGGACAAUAUUUGGGAGGCGGCGGAGCGGAACGAGCUCGCGCGGUGGUCUAGUACUCGGAGCGACAGCGGUCCCGGCGACCAUUGCAGCAAGCACAGCCGUUCGUCGCAGGACUCGGAGAGCUGUCGCAGAAGAGAUAUUGCUUGCGACGACUCGUCGGACCAAGUCAGCAGUGUGCGACGCAGGCGACGCGUAGGCAACUCCAGCAAUCGCAGCAGCUUCAGCGACGGGUCGGAGGAUCGAUCGCACGGCGGCAGCUCUCGGAGGCUGGGCAAGAGGACAAGCGGCGGCGGUAGCGGCGGCGGAAGUGUGAGUCGUUCGCUCCGCGCCGUCAGCCGCGUGCUGCGGGAAACUCCAGGCGCGGUCUGCUGCGGGAACUCCGCUCGCGUUGACUCGCGUCCCCCCCGUGCUAUGAUCUCCGCGUUCCCGCCUGAGUUUCAACGGUCAAGAUCGGCCCGCGUCGUGUCAAUGCCCAGCUUGCACAGGAGACUACAAUCCACCUGAAAGCUGAGCUACUUUCAUCACAGAAGGAUGAGUUUAGAAUUUCAACGCAAUAAGGUUUUUGUAGAUAGUGGUUGGUGGGGCAACGCCAUUUAUUCUGCAUGCUUGCCCAUGGCAGAGCAAGCAGAAUAAAUGGCAUGGCCGCAUCCAUCCAAUAUUUAUGUAGGAUUUUGCAGGUACGGUAUAUAUAUGAAUAAUGAAGCUUUCUCUGUUAAACAUCCCAAGGUUCUUCCCUGAGGGGUGAUGCCACCUUUGAUCAAAGUUGAUGUCUGCCAUCCAAAGAGGCAUGAUUUGGCCACUAGCAUGAGCCUGCCUUUUACC